GUGAUAGAUGUGAUAGAUAGUGAUAGAUGUGAUAGAUGUGAUAGACAGUGAUCUCGUAUCCUCACUUAUCUAUUCGUCAGAGCAGCUUCCUUCUGAGGGAGGACAGAGUUUAGCCUCCAUGGCUGGGGGUCGGGUACCGUCUGUCCGGAGCUCUUCUCAUUAGAUAUCACAAAGUGAAAUGCAGUCUGGUGCUUUGUUCACGUUUUACGGCCCUGACAAUGAGUUACCAGCAACCUUUCCUCUACAUUCAGGCCUCAAGCCGAGUUCAUUCUCACCACAGUGAAGCGAGAAAACGUCGAGGUCACGGACUGAGUUUGUGAACCUUUCUGAAUCUCAUGAACUAGUUGAAGCUCGAUCAGAGAUUAUCAGACGCAAACUGUUACAAAUGACAUAAAUACUCUCAUUAAAACACCGUUAACGUGUCGGAAAAUGAGACAAAGACGGUACAUUAGUUUAACAACCAACGUACGAACCGUUGUAUAAGGGUGCGUCGACCACGCCCAGCGGUUUAUAUGUUGCUCUUUAUGUUCUGUCAUUAUUGCAUGAAAACAUGGUGGAACAGGCAAAGCUAGCUAGCUAACUAGCCAGGCGUUUAAACGCGUUAAUAUUUAAUAACGUUUGAUUGUAAUGCAGCACUGAUUACAGAACAAGAGCUGGCUAGACUGUCUCCCAAAUGAGACGAUUACAAAGCAGCAACACUUGGCUGGUUCAGUUUAUUCUCGGCUGUGAGUAUCGGAGCUCGUCCCUGAGGGACCAGCUUCAACACCACAACAGACCAUCAGCUGAGGGACCAGCUUCAGCACCACAACAGACCAUCAGCUGCUGGUUUCACUCAAUAACACUGUAAUUGGUUUGUUGGCUUCCACGAAGCCCCAGAGAGCUCAGAGCCAAACAUCACGAGAGAGUCGAUGCAGUUUGACGAGCGCUCCCGUUAUUUAGAUUUUCAAUAAUUCAUCUCCAAACUGAAGCGACCGCGUAACAUGUAGACAAGUUAAUCCGACAUGUAAACGUCUGCUUGUGGCAGUUAGCAUCAUCUUUUAUUAUCCAUAUGACUUAACAGGACUUUUUCAGGGAGAGAAAUGCUGUAACUUUCUUGAACUUUAAUAAAGUUUCACAUGAAAUGCAGAACACACUGCAGCUUUUCCUCUGACUGCUCGGCUUGUUUUUCCAGAGUCGUCAGAGCGGAGCGAUGGAGGACGGGAAGCCGGUGUGGGCGCCCCACCCGGCGGACGGGUUCCAGCUGGGAACCAUCGUGGACAUCGGAGCCGACAGCCUCAGCAUCGAACCUCUCAAGAAGGGAAAGACCUUCCUGGCUGCAGUGAACCAGGUCUUUCCUGCAGAGGACGACGUCAACAAACAUGUGGAGGACAACUGUUCUUUGAUGUACUUGAAUGAAGCCACUCUGCUCAACAACGUCCGUGUGAGAUACAGCAAAGACAAGAUUUAUACGUUUGUAGCUAACAUCCUGAUAGCGGUGAACCCGUACUAUGACCUCCCAAAGCUUUACUCUGCGGAGACCAUCAGCAAGUACCGAGGUCGUUCUCUGGGAACGCUGCCGCCUCACGUCUACGCCAUCGCUGACAAGGCGUACCGAGACAUGAAGGUCCUGAAGAUGAGUCAGUCCAUCAUCGUCUCGGGGGAGUCCGGAGCCGGGAAGACCGAGAACACCAAGUUUGUGCUCAAAUACUUGACGAGCUCAUAUGGAACCGGUCAGGACAUCGAUGAGAGAAUCGUGGAAGCCAACCCGCUGCUGGAGGCGUUCGGAAAUGCAAAAACGGUCCGAAACAACAACAGCAGCCGCUUCGGAAAGUUUGUGGAGAUCCACUUCAACGAGAAGAACGCCGUCGUGGGCGGCUUCGUGUCGCACUACCUGCUGGAGAAGUCGAGGAUCUGCAGACAAAGCAAAGAGGAGAGGAACUACCACAUCUUCUACCGACUGUGUGCCGGAGCCUCCGAGGACAUCCGGCAGAAGUUCCACCUCAGCUCCCCGGACACGUUCAGGUACCUGAACAGAGGAUGCACUCGCUUCUUCGCCACCAAAGACACAGACAAGCAGGUGCUGCAGAACCGCAAGAGCUCAGAGCACAUGAAGUCGGGGCCCCUGAAGGACCCGCUGCUGGACGACCACGUCGACUUCAACAGGAUGUCUGUGGCGAUGAAGAAGAUCGGCCUGGACGACACGGAGAAGCUGGACCUGUUCAGGGUGGUGGCCGGAGUGCUGCACCUCGGAAACAUCGACUUUGAGGAGGCUGGAAGCACUUCAGGUGAGCGGGAAACACCUGGAAUCACACACUGUGUCCACGCAUGUGAACCUCAGAUCAAUGACACGGUCUACCGUUAACCAUCACAGUGUAAAUAAAGUGUUACUGACUCAGUAGAAUAUGUGUUUCUGUGUUUAAACUCGCUACAUCUUUCCGCCAAGUCACAUGAAACAUCUCAGCGGUGGUUUUUCCCGUAAUCCUGCUGACAAACCGAAGCUCUUUGGUGGAAAUGGAGUCGCUGGUCCCACCUGAUCAGAGUGACUGUAAACCUCCUGCUGUCUGUGUGAGACCAGAGACCAGCGCUGCGACGAGGAAGCUCAUCGUCAGUGAUGCAGCCUGCAGGGCUCUGUGGUUGCUGCCGUAUCAGAAACCAUCCGUCUCUCGGGCGUCUCCGCUCCAGAUCAGACUCCUUAACGGCAGACGCCAUUUUUGAUCUCAUCCCUCAAGACUUCUGCACUUUUGAUUG